GGAUCCUGGGCUGCCAGAGGGGCGCGGAGACUCGGGGGGAGGGGCGGAGGGAGGCGGCAGCAGCAUGGCGGCCGGGCGCGGGCCGCACAGCCCUCCUCUUCCCCUUUGCCGCCGCCGCCACCACCACCGGAGUCGCUGGGACGCCCUCGUCAGCGAGUGUUAGUUGGGAGGCGUCCGCCCCGCCGGCCCUCCUUCCUAUCGCCGCCGCGGGUCGGGCCGGCGGGCGCUCCCCCGCCCACCCCGCCCGCCCGCCCGCUCGCGGGCCGGGCCAUGGAGGACGUGAAGCUGGAGUUCCCCUCGCUCCCACAGUGCAAGGACGACGCCGAGGAGUGGACCUACCCUAUGAGACGAGAGAUGCAGGAAAUUUUACCCGGAUUAUUCUUAGGCCCAUAUUCUUCUGCUAUGAAAAGCAAGCUACCUAUACUACAGAAACAUGGAGUAACUCAUAUAAUUUGCAUACGACAAAAUAUUGAAGCAAACUUUAUUAAACCGAAUUUUCAGCAGUUAUUUAGAUACUUAGUCUUGGAUAUUGCAGAUAAUCCAGUGGAAAAUAUAAUACGUUUUUUCCCGAUGACUAAGGAAUUUAUUGAUGGGAGCUUACAAACUGGAGGAAAAGUUCUUGUUCAUGGAAAUGCAGGGAUCUCCAGAAGUGCUGCCUUUGUUAUUGCAUACAUUAUGGAAACAUUUGGGAUGAAGUACAGAGAUGCAUUUGCAUAUGUGCAAGAAAGAAGAUUUUGUAUUAAUCCUAAUGCUGGAUUUGUCCAUCAACUUCAGGAAUAUGAAGCCAUCUACCUAGCAAAGUUAACAAUACAGAUGAUGUCGCCACUUCAAAUAGAAAGGUCCUUAUCUGUUCAUUCUGGUACCACAGGCAGUUUGAAGAGAACACAUGAAGAAGAUGAUGAUUUUGGAAACAUGCAAGUGGCAACUGCACAGAACGGCUGAUUCAAGAGUAA